CACCUUCUGCGUGUAUAAAUAAAUCCCUAAUCCCUUCGUCUUCGUCUUCAUCGUGUCUCGUCAACUGGGUUUCUCCCCCUUGUAAAUCUUCACCCUCAUUCGUUUCGGUUGAGAUGGGAACCCCUCUUCGAUUUCUGCUGCUUCCUCUGUUGGUAUCGUCGGUUUUUAUAUCCUUGGCCUCGUGCGAGGAAAGCGACGAUGGAAUCUUGAGAAUCGGAUUGAGGAAGAUCAGACAGGACUGGAAUAACGGGCUGGCCGCCCGGCUUGGUUCGAAGAACAGGGCACCUCCUCUUGAAGGUUAUCGCCCAAGCAAUGGAGAUUCCGGAAUUAUCGCGCUGAAAAACUACUUGGAUGCUCAAUACUAUGGUGAGAUUGCCAUUGGUACCCCGCCUCAGAAGUUUACAGUGAUCUUUGAUACUGGAAGCUCUAAUCUAUGGGUACCCUCUUCUAAAUGCUACUUCUCGAUUGCGUGUUUCUUCCACUCGAAGUACAAGUCCAGCGAGUCGGAGACAUACCAAAAGAACGGAAAACCUGCUUCAAUUCGGUAUGGGACUGGCGCUAUCUCCGGUUUCUUUAGCAAUGAUGACAUUACAGUCGGUAACUUGGUUGUCAAGAACGAGGAGUUCAUAGAGGCAACAAGCGAGCCCGGCAUCACGUUCAUGAUGGCAAAGUUUGACGGUAUCCUCGGGUUAGGAUUCCAAGAGAUUUCCGUCGGGAAUGCAACUCCAGUUUGGUAUAACAUGGUAAACCAAGGUCUGGUUAAGGAGCCGGUUUUCUCGUUCUGGUUGAACCGAAACACAAUUGACAAAGAAGGCGGUGAGAUUGUCUUUGGAGGCGUCGAUCCGAAGCAUUUCACAGGGCAGCACACUUACGUUCCCGUCACUCAGAGAGGUUACUGGCAGUUCGACAUGGGUGAUGUCCUCAUCGAUGGCAAACCGACUGGAUACUGUGGCAAAGGUUGCUCCGCCAUUGCUGACUCAGGAACUUCUCUGUUGACGGGUCCGACGACGAUCAUCGCGAUGAUCAAUCAAGCUAUCGGAGCGGAGGGAGUCGUCAGCCACGAGUGUAAGACGGUCGUGGAUCAGUACGGGAAAACCAUCCUGAAAUUGCUUCAGGCCGAGGUACACCCGUCGAAGGUUUGCUUCGAGAUGGAUCUCUGCCUUUUUGAUGGCACACGCAGUGUAAGUCCGGACAUUGAGAUGGUCGUGGACAAGAACAAGGACAGAAAAUCCGGCGGUAAGAAAGGAGCGAUGUGCACGGCAUGUGAGAUGGCGGUUGUCUGGAUCCGACACCAGUUGAAACAGAACCACACCGCAGAACGUAUUCUCAACUACGCUGAUCAGCUUUGCAGCCGGAUUCCGACCGCAAACCUACCGUCGGCGGUGGACUGCGGGAAGAUCCCGACGAUGCCUACCGUCUCAUUCACGAUCGGCGGAAAAGCCUUCGAUCUCUCCCCGCAACAUUACAUAUUCAAGGUAGGGGAAGGAGCGGAGGCGCAGUGUACCAGUGGAUUCACCGCCAUGGAUAUCCCUCCACCACAUGGACCUCUCUGGAUACUGGGUGAUAUAUUCAUGGGACCGUAUCAUACGGUGUUCGAUUACGGGAAAGCCAGAGUUGGGUUUGCCAAAGCAGCUUAAAAAGACCAGACGCAACAUAUAUAUAUAUAUCACUGUUUCAUCAUUUGCUUUUGUGUCGGCAUUUGUAUAAACUCUUGUCCAUGAAUCUCCUGCAAAUUCCGUCUUUACAGCAAAGAUUCAAUAAAAAAAAUGAUUCAGAAGAUUCCCUUGGAA